UAGCAGCCUCUUCUGCGGUGGCGAUCGCAGGCGUUACACGUUAGAGCUGAACGGGCGACGGAGAUGGACGUUCGCGGCAGCGGCCAUUCGUUUAGUGAAGAAGAGAGGGAGGCGGUGGCGUUGGUGGUGACUGCCGUUGUUUUGAACACGAUGAGCAACAGGUCGUCCACACAGCGCCAAAUGCGUGUGCAAUUGCGGAAGCGUAGAGCACUGUUGCAACGCGUGCUUGAAGCGCUGGAUUACAUGGCCACGUUUGAAGCGGUUGUGCAACUAUGUUCGGUGCUCUCCUCCGGCGUCUUCCCGCGCGAGACACCGCGAUGGUGGAUAAAACGAAGGAUUGGCGGAACUUGGGAGGAUCUUCUCGUACGUGACGAUGCGAGUGACGAUUAUUUCAACGAGAAGUUGCGUAAGUCCAACCCAGUCUUCAUGCAGAUCGUUGCCGCAUGCGCCACGCACGUGGAGAAGAAGGUGACACAUUACAGGCUGCCAUUGCCUGUGGAGCAGGUGAUUGCUUUCACAUUCUACAGGUGGGCGUCCGGGGAGACUUACGAGAGCGGCACGUCAUCCUUCGGCAUUGGCAGGGCCACUGGACUGCGGGUCGUCCACGACGUCACUUCGGCGCUGUUGAAGGCGUACCCUGAUUCGAUCAAGUGGCCUACGGGGCGGAAACGUGUGCAGAUUAUGCGCGCUUUCCGGGAGAAAGGUUUCCCCAACUGCUUCGGCGCAAUCGACUGCACGCAGAUCUACAUUGACAAGCCCGCCGGCCCGCUGUCAGAUAACUACUACGACCGCAAACAAGAGUUUUCUGUCCAAGCGUAGGUGGUCGUGGAUUUGGAUUUGCAUAUCCUUGACAUCCAUAUCGGAUACCCGGGUAGUGUGCACGAUGUCCGUGUCCUGCACAACUC